AUGAACUCAGUACUCGAAUUCUCCUCAGCUGGGGAAAGACGACAGUCUUCCUUCUUCCCCAGCACUGGAAACGGUGCUCAAGCUCACUUUGAUGUGUUUCUGUCGCCAAAUAGCCACAAUGUUUUCGAGAAUGCGGACAACUAUUUCGAAAACGAAAAGUACCACGCUGGGCUCCAGCUGCCUCGGAAUUUUUCCUUUGACAGCGUCUUCGGCGCUUCAAUUGCGCCCCAUAGCGGCGCUCCCGGAUUGUUUGACCAUCACGGUGAAACGGGCCGUGCUGCUCCGUCGAUCUUGUCGCCAGACGUGAAAAUGUCGUCCAAUUUGCUUGACACUCCUUUCCACGACUCGUUCACGGCACCCUUCUCAACUACAGUAACGCCCAGAUCGUCAGUUGCACCGAAAGAGUUGCCUGAUGCUUUAAACCUUCGCAACAGGGACUUCAUUCGUGAGCACUUUAGUAGAGACCAGGUGAACAGAGAAUAUACUUUCAGGGACCCCAGUCCUCUUGGAGGACGCUCGUCGUUUUCUCUGGCUGGGUCUUUGGGCCUGAUGGACGUGAACAAGCUCAAUCAGCUGAUGCACAGCUUGUACUUGGGAGACCUCUUUAAAGACUCAGCGGAUCCAGUCGUUCCAAAGAGAUCGUCAAUCUGGGGGUCUGCUGGAAGCCGAAUCUUGCCUCAGAAUCAGCAGACCCAAAUUUAUCUGCAACAGGCAAGCACCUACCCGAACACACAGCUCCAAAACCAACAACACAACAACCAACAACAUCACCAGUUUCAAAAGCAGCAGCAGCAGACUCAGCCAUACUUGAAUCAGCAAUAUCAUACUCCGAGCUUUCUAAACGAGGGCUACCAAAACCAAGGUCACCAGAUUCUCCUGAACCAACGUACUCAAAGCUUUCAGAGCCAUCAAGGACAGCAGAUUCCCAAUAAUUUGCAGAACUACGGCCAUAGGCAAAGCUUCGGCAACUUCAAUGGCAACUUCAAUAGCAACUUCAAUAGCAACGUUAAUGUGAGCCCACCAAUGUCUUUGGAGUCCAUACAUGCUGUGCCACCGACUUCAAGACAGAGGCACCCUUCGUACAAGUUGCCCCCUACGAUGCCAGAGUAUCUGGUGCCUGCUGUGUCUGCAGUAGACAGAUCGAAGCGCAAUUUCUAUUCAGAGAAGCUUCACACUCCUACUUUUGUUCCGACAGAUCACAAACCACAGUCUUUGACGAACGCUGAACAUCCAGUUGAACAAGCAGAGAAGCGCCCUGCAAGCAGAAAGCCUCUGGAAAGCUCGGUGAAGAAUACGAACAAAAGAAAAAAACCAACGUUAUCGGCAGAGAUCGUCGUGAACUUCGGAAACCUUGAGAAGCAGCCCUUGUCCGCCAUUCCUGAGGUGAGCUUAAGCCGCAACAAUUGCUUGGGCAAGGAGUGUAGUAGGUAUAUUCUUGAAAGUUGCUCCCUUAAGGACUAUCCUGAGGACUUCUGCUCUACAUUCUACAAGAGAAACAAGCACGGUUACAUGUUCAUCCGGGAGCUGUCGAACUCGCUUAAGGUGAACAACAGCGGGCCCAAAUCGUGGGUGACGAUCAAGGUGAAGUUGGGAGCUUCAGAGCAACAAAAGUUGAAGGUGGAUGUGAAAAGACUCCCUGUGUGGAAACCCAUUAACCUCAACCAGCCCAACACUCUGAGAAAGGCAAUCAAGAGACGCAAGCCGCUCAAGAAACCAAUGAACCGCAGGCGGUGA